AUUUGAAAUAUUUGAAAACCUAAAAGUAGGCCGCAUUUUAGCUUACGCAAAUUAAUCUGGGCAGGCUUUAGACUUUAUGUCGAUUUAUUUGGUUUGGUAAUAGAUACUACUAAAUAAACACCUAUGUGAAGUUCGGUCUCAAAAUUGUUCUUCCGUUCUCCUUUUUUCUUUGCGCAUUUCAAUUGGAGUCAGCGAUGGCGUACACCAUCAGGUUGGACUGGAUAAGGAAAAGCCUGAAUUCAUGCGGUUCCAGACAAUGCCGUCAAAUGCACGAAGCUGGAAAGACACGGAUCUCCAACCAGGGACCUUUGAGGCGUCUGAUGCGGCUGAUCAGGAAUAACUCGGGCAUGGCCACCGGAGGCUCCAUUCACAGUGGGAAUGAUCUUCCUAGAAUGGGAAGGACCAAGGCGAAGCCCCAGAACAAGCCACAAUCUCUCAACGAACGCCACACACCCUUCAGGGUCAACACUUCCCCCAAUGCUAAUGUUGUAAGGAUCCACCCCUUAACCCGAUGUUUGGAGAAGAAGGUGAAGAAGCCCAACCAGCGACUGCCCUUCGAGAAAUCGGCCACCAUGAGGGCACACAGUGCGCAGAGAAGAGGGGAGCAGCUGGCGAGGACAGUGCGAUCCCAGGACACAAGUGACCACCCCAGGCCGAGCUCCACCAUUCCGCUGAAGAUCCUUGAGAUGAGCCAACGGGAGCGCAGUCAGAUGGGACAUCCGCUCAGGGAUCGCAGGAUGUUGUCGCAGGAGGUGAUCGAUUCGAUGAGGACCCGGAAUAUGGAGAGGAUGGUCCGCGAAUCCCAGGCCAGGAUGUUGAACGAGCGGAUCAAGGAUCAGAAGCAGGAGCAAUCAGCCGAUGAGCCCGAAAAGUCAGAGGUUCCCGAAACCAAGGUUAAAACGGAGUCCAAUGCGGUGAUGGAGCUGCUGAAGAAAGCCAUUUCCCUCGGACAUUUCCACAGUGAUGGGGACUCCAGGGUAAAGGACUUAAAGAUCUCCAGAAUGCAGACCAAGCUGGACUGGAAUGGCUUGCGUCACUGCCGCAGCUCCAUGGGUUCCUUUGCCGUGAAUCGCAUGAGCGAUGCCCUGCAGACCUCCCACGCCUACCACAUGCGCAUCCGGUGUGCCAAGAUCCAGAGUCCCAGGCAAUGGCAAAAGUCGGAAACCGAAAAUAGAAACAUCCAGGACACAGCCGCAAAUCUCAUCAAGGAGGAGCAGAGACGACUGGACAGCUUAAAAGCGGCAAAGUGCCAUUUAAAUGUGCCGAAAGUUGACAUAAAACUGGAGAAAAUCAGGGAGCACAAGGGUGUUACGCCCACUGAUGCAGACAAACCAACGAACUCCUUAAUUGUCGACCCCAAAUCCUUUCUUACAAGAGUCCUUCAUAAGGACGGUACUCUGUCACUUAAUCAGACUAAUAAUUUCUCACUGGCAACCGUGGAAAAUCCUGAUGUCUUCUCCAACGUAUCAAGUGCCUUGGCAAAAAAACAGACUACAAAGCUCAGUAAAGGACCUUCGGAACUGUUGCCAAAUUGAAAAUAAUUUUAGAAAACAAUAGUCCUUACAUAUUAAUGGAUGUUUCAACAAUAUAAAUUCAAAGAAUUUGCAAAUAUUUGGUUUACAAUCAACUUCUAUAAUACAUUUAUUGGAUAAUAUAAUAAAAUCGAUUCAAUAAUAAAAAUUGCCAAAGUACAA